GAGAGAAAGAAGAAGUUUUAUUCCGUCAGUUUAAUACGAUAUACAUUUGUUUUUUUUUUACGUCUUUCCCACUCCUCUCAAAAUAUUUCUCUUUACGUAUCAACAAAAUUUGUUUAUCAGUGAAAGGAGGACAUUUUCUUUAGCUCUCCACCAAUUAACUUAGCAGACCGUCAGGAAGUUACGCGUUGACGGCAGGGAACCUGCAAGUCUCGGAAAAUUGAAAUAAUUUUAUUGAAGCAUGCCCGUUGGUGUUCCAGAUUUAGACAUGAACUAUUUUAAUUACAAUGGAUAUGAUGGUUAUAUGCCAUCUGAGGAAUCUUUCGGAUACAAUGAUGUGAGAAGAGAUGCCUUCAUGAAAUCUGAUACUUUUCAACAUAUUGAUGCUCCUACUUACUCAAGGCAAGUAUCCAGAAAUGAUUUUGCCCCAAAUCCAGCCAGGCCAGUUCCUUAUGCAUCUUCUGGAGAUCGGAGCUAUGAUGCCAGAAUGUCUCCAAUGGGUCAGUCAGUGUUUUUUGAAGUGGACCACUUGGCAACAUUCACAGUUACUCAUGAAGAAACGCAUAAUCCUGAAGCUGGUGUUGCAAAGUUGUCUACAAUGGCAAACACAAGUGGAAUAUGGACAAUGAAAUGCACACUAGCUAUAGAAAGAAACCAUUUAAUAAUUAAGGAAAAAGGCACUGAAAGCAUGCUGGAUUGCUUUCCUUUACCAAACAUCUACAACCCUUUUGCAAUAACUAAAUCAGAGAAAUGUGAUGUUUACAAUAACUUGGUGGUGUUGAGUGUUAUUGACAACACUAAAAGAGAUAAUCAGCCUCAGAUGCACAUCUUUCUCGCUGGAUCAAUUCCGGCUCAAGAUAUUGUUGAUGAAAUUUUGAAUGCAAAAGCUGGCCGUCCUCCUACCAGUCGUUUCAAUAACAAACUCAUACCACCACCACCCACUCAGCCUGCUCCAGAACCACCAAAUUUUAUGAAUGCCAAAUCUAGCUUUGUUCCCACACCAGACAGAACACUGAGUUCCAGUCUGACUGGGCCAAAUCUAUUGAAAAAUGAGAAUUCAGAACGAGAUGGGCAAUUGUUGAAUCACUGCUUUGAUGAUAUUGAGAAGUUUGUGGCCCGGCUACAAAAGGCUGCAGAGUCCUACAAGGAACUGGAAAGGUUGAAGAAAGAUAAAGGAGGGAAAGAAAAAAGAGGACGACAAGAAAUGGAAGAAAAACUGACAAUGAGUGCUCUACCACCCAAGCCACAAGAUUUUGUGGAUAUAUUUCAAAAGUUCAAAUUGUCCUUCAACUUAUUGGCUAAGCUAAAAGGUCACAUCCAUGACCCAAAUGCACCAGAACUUGUGCAUUUCAUUUUCACACCCCUCAGCCUCAUCUAUGAGGCAAGUCGAGAUCCAACCCAUGGUAACCGUAAUUUAGCUGCCAAUGUUUAUUCUCCAAUGCUCACUGCUGAAGCAAAAGAACUGCUACUGAACUGCUUGACAUCUAAAGAGGUAGACUUGUGGAUGUCUUUUGGAGAAGGAUGGACUACAAGCCGGGAAGAUUACAAAGGAUACGUACCACCAUACACACCUCGUUUCUACAAUGGCUGGCACCCAGCACCAUCAGCAGAUGACUAUGCACCACCACAACAACAACAAGGAGUACCGAAGAUCCAAACACCAGGGAUGGGACCCAACAGAGGACCAGUUCCACAUCAUCAUGAACCUUACAUGCCAGACAAAAUAGGACCACCAAACCAAAGAUUUAACAACGUACCAUCUGUACCUGAUAAUAGUAACGAAUUGUUUAUGCAUGGUCUGCGAGAAAGAGGUGUCAAAUGUUGUGAGGCAACACAUUAUCGAGAGAAGAAAAAUGGCAAGGAAUUAACUGUUGUGAAAGGAGAAGUUCUUGAAAUUUUGGAUGAUUCUAGAAACUGGUGGAAACUUAAGAACAGCAAAGGACAAGUUGGACAUGCUCCAUAUACCAUUUUAAGUCGACAAGUGCCAAUGACCCCAAUUGACAAUGGAUAUGCAUCAAAUGAACAACUCAGUUCAUUUUGACUUCCCUGACAACUUUGGGGGGUACUGAAUUCUACAGAGAUCCUUCAGGGAAAUCGGAAUAUCUUCAAGAAUAAUUUACAGAACUCAGCAACAGGGUCUUCGAUGAAAGGUGACUUGCGAUAUUUCUAAAAAAACAAGCAAAAAAAAAAAGACCAAUUCCCUGCCAUAAAAACCUGUUUUAAUCUACCAUUUCUCAAGGCUUUUGAGCUAUCCAGGUUUUUCUUCUUCCCUGCACUUUCCUGUAUCUUAUUUUCCUUGUAUUCUAUUUCUUGUAUUUUAUUUUAUUUCUCCUAAAUCUUAUUCUUUUCUUCUUCCAAAUUCUUUUCUAUCCUUUUUCUUUUUACUUUGCUUUUUCCAAAUUCUUCUUCCACAUUCCCCUUCCUCUUCUUUUCUCCCUUCAGAUCAUAUCAGCUGCAGAAAUAUUCAUUAUGGAAUUAAAAAAAAAAAAAAAAAAAUCCCAGAAACUUUUGUACAUUACAAACGCCAACAUCCCUACUCUUGGUCCCUUAAUUGACCAUAAAACAGAAGACAACAAUCAUUUUAGUAAAACCUUCACUAUUAAAACAAAGUUACACAUUUCUUGUUCUAACAGAGCCCCAUCUGUAACUCACCACUAAAAAAAAAAAGGAAAAAAAAAAGGAAAA